GGUACAAAUGGUUUAGCCAUUACAGGUGGGAUUGUAAGAAUUCCAAGAAGUGCAAGUUUAAGAGGAGUAAGAAAAGGUCUACGUUUGUUAGCGAAUCGGAUAUCGUCAAAUCUGUCGAUCUGUCACUAACUCGGGAGAAGGAGAUCAGAAUCCUAUACCACCACCCAGAACCGGUAGAGCAAUCAGCGAAAUAUCUAUCAGCAGUAGGACCUUUGGAAUUAGGCUUGUUGACACCGGAAUCACUAAGGAAUGAUGACUCAUUCGAGGAAAAUGGAGAAAAACAACAGUGGAAACUCGGAGACACAUCCAAAUUAAAGAUGCUGAGGAAGGACUAUCCAGUCAUUGGAACCAAGCUGAAGCCCUGGAAAGUUCUCAAACGAAAAAUUGCAAAAUGGCAAUGAUUGAGGAGGAAAAUGCGCUCAUUGAAAAUCGCACUUGGGACCUAGUUUCUAGGCCGGCUGAUAAGAAGGUGAUUGACUGUCGGUGAGUGUAUAAGUCAAGUACAAUGCCACGGUUUAGUGGAGCAUGUCCAUGGGCUACAACGUGAACGGAUUGAUUUCACUGAAACCUUCAGCCUUAGAGUGAGGUGGGACUCGCUGGGUUCUCUAUUGAGUGUGUGUGCACGAGAAGAACUCAAAAUGAUUCAAUUUAAAGUCAAAACCUGAAAGUUACGAUGGACUGGCAGGAUGUGUCAAUUGAGAAAGAAGCAUUUACGGACUACGCCAAGCUGCUAGGUGCCGGAAUCAGACGUUCAUCAAUUUUAUGAGUAAAUGUGCUUCUUUGUGAACGAAACGGAAACUCGUUUCAUAAUAAAUCAGGCUAUCAUUUUAUCUUCGAUAAGAACUUCACUUUAUUGCUAAGUAAUUGUGAGACAGCAGCGCGAUGGUCUUUAUAUAAGUGAGGCGUUGUACUUUGCUCGUCAGUGUUCAACUAAAAUGCCAGAAGCAACGCCAGCUCUUCAAUCUAGAGGGGUGGGGUACACCUACUACCAGCUGAUGGAGAGAAACCGGAACAAAAUCGCCCAGGUUGAUGCGCUUACCGGCGAGGAGCAGACGUACGGUGAGCUGUUGCAGCGUUGCAUUGGAGCUGCUAUAGCAAUGGAGACUGAGGGGCUAAAACCCGGUGACUUUAUCUCCAUUUGUUCACUGAACCAUCUCGACGUGUGUGUACCGUACCUAGCCUCACUGUUUACUGGUGUGAUAUGCGCUUCCGUCGAACCUACCAUGUUGGCCCAGGAAAUGGUCUACUUAUUGAAUCAAGUCGGGCCCAAGAUAAUAUUUGUUGGUCAGGAGGCGGUUGAUACUAUACGAAAUGUUGUGGAUGAUCUCCAAACCAAACCACUGGUUGUGGUUUUUGGAACUUGCGGAACGUACACUUCCUUCUCUGAGUUUAUACAUCGUCCCACAAAGGGAUUUGCACCACGUGUACCAAUGGAUUUGAACGAAACUGCCUUAGUCCUCUUUAGCAGUGGAACAACUGGUCGGCCAAAGGCAAUUUGCCAUAGCCACAAAUCUAUGCUGGCUGAUUAUCAAUACAUAAUGGGGAAAGGUCUUUCUUCCCUCGCCGGUUUUGCAACACCUUACUGGGUCACCUUCCACGUCAUCCAGCUCGUAUGCAUCGUACAUGGGCUGCGCAAAAUUGUGUAUCACCGCUUUGACGUUAGCAAUCCGUGGCGAAAUUUCGACUUUAAAAUUGACGUAUUGUGCCUAAAUCCGUUACAGGCUCUCAGCUUUUUGGAUCACGAGCCUCCCGAUGGCGUGAACUUUCAGAAUGUGACAUACAUGGCGUUUGGCGGCAACGAUAUAUCGAAGGAGCAAGUUUUGAGGUUGCGCGAGAGGUUUCCGCUGACCAAGGUCCUGAACAUGUACGGACAAUCCGAACUCUUCGGAAGUCCGUUUAUGUAUCCCCUCCACACCAACUCAUGGGAGUUGACGAUGAAGUAUCCGACGUGCGUCGGAAUCAUGAAGGAUACGGUCUCUUGGAAGGUUGUCGACAUUGAGACGGGGCAAACUUUGGGCCCCAAUCAACAGGGCGAACUUCUAGUGAAAGCCGAACAACAAUUCAAAAGCUACCACAAUCGCGACUCGUCCGAAGCCUUCGACCACGAGGGAUGGCUGAAGACCGGAGACCUGGUCUACUACAACGAGGAGAUGUGCUUCUUCGUCGUGAACAGGAUCAAAGAGAGCUUCAAGUAUCAAGCCCAUCACAUCAUACCGACCGAAAUCGAGCACGUCCUCCUCACGCAUCCUGCCAUCGCGAAAGCCGUGGUCCUGGGUCUUCCGCACGAGACCGAAAACAACCACCCGAUGGCGGUGAUCCAGCUGCAUCCGAAAGGGCCGCGCGUUUCCGAGGAAGAAAUCGUGAGGUACGUCGAAGAGAGGGUCGCCGACAAGAACCGCCUCAGGGCGGGGGUAAAGUUUGUCAGCAACAUUCCACUCACCGUUACGGAUAAGGUCAACCGGUUUAAGCUAAGAGAAAUGAUAAUAAAUUAUGGUAUUUAGUAUUAGAGUAUUAGAGUGACUGAUUCUCAUCUAGGCAGUGACGCGAGACUACCGAGUGUUCACGUUUCCACGGCACAAAGAAGGUUCAGCAUGUAAUACAGGCCCUUCUUAAAUAACUAAAGUGACGUUUUGAAUCCAGAGCCUUCUGGGUGUCUAUCUAGUUUUCUCCGUGCCGCAAGACUUGUAGUAGGUUUAAGGUUUUUAUCU